AUGGCUCCUUCGAUAUCUUUCACUCUCUACACCAGUGCAUUCUGCUACAUUGACUGCAGCGAUACGUUCGACAUCAGCCUUGUACGCAAUGUCGACUACCACUCAAAACUCACCAUCGACACCAAAAACACGAUCUUUGAUCCGGAGGCAACCUUUGCAAAAGGCCUGUUCGAAAUCGUCGAUGCAGAGACGGGUGAAAGUGUGGGCUACGUACCUUCCAGCACUGCUACUCAAGACAUUGAACGACGCCUUCUUGUACUAGACCCCGAAAAGCUCGACAGCUAUACCAUGUGGUCGACUCGUCCAGGCACUACAGUUUCGAAUCCCAUGCCCUAUACUUUCGAUCCGUCAUCGCUCGUAGCGGGGAAAACGUAUACCAUUCGUCUCCGGUCUCACGGCAUAACGACAUGGUACGCUGGUGAGCAUCAUGACCCAUCCAAUUUACCCGAGCCGGAAACAGAAGACAUACCACAACCAUCUCCACCGCUACCUAGCUACACCUUCAAAGCCCUUGCCACAGUGCCCAAGCCCCCGCCUAUCCGUCCAACUAUUCUUACUUCAACCGACACGAUAUCCAUCUCAGGCAACCCACCAUGCACCAUCACACUCGCCUGGCGCCUAGAUACCACGCGCUCCGACAUAGCCAACACAAAAGGCAUCGCAGUCCUACGCUCCAUCCCCCACGGCCGCAACAAAGCCAGCGUCGAACUCCGGGACCUCAAAACCGGAAAGAAGCGAGGCCCAAUGAAAGGCUACAGCCCUCCCGACGCAGACGUAGAGGGCGAAACCGACCCUUUCCCACCCAACGAGACUGAAGUCCUCGUUUUUGAGAACAGCGAGACUGUGCAUGAGAGGAGUUACACACUGAUUUCUGAUCCGGAAGAAGCGGGGAUUUGGGGGUCGGAUACGAGGUUGUUGAAGGUGGGAGAGGAGGAUGGGAGGUAUGGGGUUGGUGUGCUGAAAGGGGAUUGGGCUUGGGUGAGCAGGGAAGAGGUUGGGGAGGAGGUUUGGGGGGAUCGGGAGAGGUUGAGAGGGGAGUUGGGGAAGGUGCCUAUGAGGAAGUGGAGGGCGGAUGAGGUUAAGGUUGUUGGGGUUGUUGAGUAA